UAAUUGCUUUGUAAUAAUAAUAAAUAAAGUUUAAACGUGAACAUUAAAAUAUAUACUUAUUGUAAAAAUAAACAUUAAUUAUAAAUGCAUUAAAUCCAUACCAAUUGCAAGCACUUGGAAUUUAGCAAAUUUACAAAAACAAACAUUUGCAAAAAUCCAACAAAUUCGUUCGAAACGAAAACGUUGUGAAGAAGAAAAUACAAUAAAAAAGCGAGUGAACAAGAAGAAGAAUAAAAGUCAUAUAUAAAAAAACAGGAAAUAUUCAACACAAGACUGAAAAGCAGACGGCCAUUGAAGACAAAUAAACGUAGAAAAAUGUAUUGGUUCAUUUUUGGUCCACAAAAGUGAUUUAGACACACGCAAUAUACACAUAAAUACAAUAUUUUACAUUUAACUAAAGUGAAAAUAAAGUAAAGUGGCUAAAAGAAAGUGCAAGUACACUGGCAAUAUUAAGAAGAUUAGGAAGAACUCUUGCACGGCUGCAUCUUGUGAAGGAAUUUUGAGACUUGUGUGUUUUUGGAGAGGCAUUGCCCAGAAUUGGUGGUAAAAUUCUGCAGCCCAUAUGAUACAAUUAUAAGAUUGUUUCAUUCACUAAACAUUGACAAUAUGGAAAACAAUGAUAGAACGGCCGAUGAAAGUCUUGAUUCAGUACCACAACCAACUUACGAAGCUUUAGAAUCAGUAUCUACUGAUUUGAAUGAGUGUGUGGACAAACAAAAAGAUGACGAUGAUGAUGAUGAUAUGGAGAAAGAGUCUAAAGAAGAUGCACAAUUCGAUUCAGAUCAUGAUAUGGAAAAACUGUCCAAAGAAGUGCCAUCAUCUUCAUCGUCGUCGUCAACUUCUCAAAAUCAUCAUAAUGACAGUAAUAUGCUGGAAUCACCUGAUGAGAGCAAACAUAUUGAGGAUGAAGACUUCUCUUUGGAAUAUGAAGAGGAAGAAGACAUGUGCGAGGAAUUUUCUCUAGGAGAACCACAAUCAUAUGUUCAAUAUAUUAACGCAGAUAAUAAAAAUAAUGAUCCUUUAAUUGUACAGGGCAAUGAUGGCAUGAUUAAAAAAAUAAAAAUCAGCAAUACAUCAAAAGUUUUACUAAAUAAUAAAACAGAAAGUAAAACAAAAAAAUCAUUAAGUAGUUCACAGCCGCGUAGUAAUACUCCCAUGUCCAGGGAGUAUUUGGCACUACAAAGAUCGGUAAAUGAAUCGAAGAUCUUGACGGAGUUUGUUACAGAAGUUGCCAAUGAGAAACCGCGCAAAGUAAGAGCCAAGGAGGCAACAAAUUCUCUGACAACCUCCAUUGCCGAUCAUUCGUAUUCAGCAAACCUUAGAAAAAGCACACAAUUGACUCCAGAAAAAGUCAACCCUGAUGAUAGUUAUCACAGUAAUAGUCCUUCGCAAGGGAAACGUCAGCAUAGCAAACGUUUUGUAGCCCUUAAGGAAAGUGACUCGGAUGUAGAUGCUUCAUCAAAUCUACGGCCACGAUCUCGCAGCAAAAGUAUGCAUAAUAGUGAAUUAAAUCAGACAGGUUCACACAAAAAACUUAAAAAAUGGCCCUCCGAAGAACGUAUACACAAACGGACAAAUAUGCGUUCAGAAAACUCGGAAUUUGCUCAAAAACAAAUGGAAUUUUUGCAACGUGUCAUACAUGCCUGCGAAAAUCCCCCAAGUCGUUCAAGAUCUCGUUCACGUUCAGACGGUAGAUCAAUGUCAUGUGGUAGGAAAACUCCCAAUUCAAUUAAUGAGCCUAGUUUUGCAGGAGUUACAACUGGAGCCGCCGUUGUAGUUCAACCGCCAAAAUCUCAUAAAAGUCGCAGUAAAGAUCGUAACUCAAAGCGUAGUAAAUAUGAGAUGAGUUCCGAAAAUGAUGAACAGCAACAGUUGCCGCAGCAUUUGGGGGAUAAUGCCAAUGAACAGGCCGAUGAUGAGUCGGUUAAUGAAAGCCAGGCUUCAUUAAUGGGUAUUAGUUCGUUGGGCGAUACCAUGCUGGCGGAUAACGAUACGGAGGAAGCACAUUCAAAAACUGUUUGGCAACCAGCUCCUAAGCCCGGUUAUGAUAGCUUUUGCUGGAAAUGCCACGAAAACAAAGUGAAUUUAUGUUGUUGCAGAUGUAUACGUAGUUUUCAUGCAGCCUGUGUUAAAAUUAAUAAAUUUGACAAUAUCUGGCUGUGCCCUGAAUGUACCACAGUUGAGAAUUUAUUAAAUAAUCCAAAAAGGUCACGACGUAAUGAACUAUCUUUGGAUUUGCUGAGUCAAUUGCUUUCGUUUGCUUUAAAACGUAUGCGUUACACUAAAGGGCACUACAACUUUGUGAUGCCCUAUGAAGAGUCAACAAUUUAUAAAAAGUAUAUAGUAAAUCCUGUAACUUUAACAGAACUUCAGACAAAAAUAGAAACAAAAGAAUUUCGUUGUGCUGAAGAAUUUGUUAAUGAAACCAAAUGGAUGUUGCACAAUGCCUACAUAUUAAGCCAUCGCAAUAAUACCAAAAUUGUUCUGGCAGCCAAAUCUAUAUUCAAAAUAGGUCGUCAAGAGGCCAAUGAAAUUGAAACAUGUGCAGAAUGUUAUUUAAAUGCUAAUACCAGAACUGAUUGGUUUGUGGAUGUGUGUUCGCAGCCACAUUUAUUGUUGUGGGCCAAAUUAAAGGGAUUUCCGUAUUGGCCCGCAAAAGCCAUGGGUUUGGGACAAAAUUCUUUGAUAAAUGUACGUUUCUUUGGCGAGCAUGAUCGGGCGUUUGUGCCCCUAAAAGAUUGUUAUCUCUAUUCCGAACAAGAUCCCAAUACGGCUACGGGAAAGAGGGCGGCCCGAGAAUUGGCUGAUUGUAUUAAGGAAGUAGAAGAGCAUGUGGCAAAGAUACGAGUUAAAGUGGGAGGCUUUAAAUAUGCGCCAUUUAAAACGCCCUAUGAUCCAGCAGACGAAUUUAAACAAUUGUCUGAAAUGAUGCCGGGUGUAGAGGAUUUUAUAAGGAAACAACAGGGCAUGAUAAUAAAACCUCCGUUGCAAUUUAAAAUCUAUAAAACUGCCGAUAAUAACUUGUCUAUUGUGCAAAAAGCCUCACCUACGCCUGAAUUAACCACCCUAAGCACUCAUGAUAGUGAAGAAAAAGAGAAGGAUAUUAAAGAAAAGAAAAAGAAGUCGACCAGUGAAAGCAAUGAUUCCAAGAAAUUGGAGGAUUUAACAACAUUGCCUCCUAAAUAUGAAGUUGUAUCUAAAGUUAAUUCAGACGAUAGCAACUCUUCCAAAUUAAGUACCGUCAUUUUAAAACGUAAGUCAAUUAAUGGUGACUGCAAGGAAACAAAUGAGGAUGAAACUGUGGAAUUGCCUUUGCCCAAAAUGACGAAAUUAGAAGAUCAUGUUUUGGAGGAAGACAUCAACAAAUCGAUUGCCAAACGUAAAGCAGAUGCUCAGUGUAUGGAAAAACCAAAAGCCAAACAUGCUAAAUUGGAGCCUAAAAUUCCCAUCAUGACCAUUAAGACUUCAGUGGUAAAGGACCCAAGCAGUGUUAAUACAAAUAAAACUAACACAAAAUCUGUGGCAGAAGUAAAAGCAAAUGAUGCGGAAAACAGCAAACAGUUAACGGUGUUGCAAGAAACUGAAACAACUAGUGCUACACAAAAAGUCAUGGAAAGUUUAGUGAAGCAUAAACAGGGGGUAACUAUAAAGAAAAUUUCUAAAGAUUUACAAAAUUCUACGAGUCCAGAUCAAAGCUCUUUGAAUAAUUCUAAGGAAUCAGAAAAAGAAAGUCCUAAUGAUAAAACAGUGGACAAACAAAAAACCGAAGAGGAAAAGGCACGAGAAAAUCAAAAAGUUAAUAAUAUUUUAAAAGGUUUAGUACCAUUUGUGGAAGUUAAAAAAGAAGUUCUCUCAGACAAUGAGGAAGAAACCGAAAAACAACAACUUGAGAAACCGGUUGGCAAGGAAACUCAAACAGAAAACACUAUCACCACUAAUAAAGACAACUUACAAAAGUCACAAGAAUCUAAAGAGAAUAACACACAUGAACAAAUUAAUAGCAAUAAAACUGAAGGCAAACCUGCAGAAAAACCAAUAGAGAAAGAAGGUUCAAAUGCGCCAAUAACACAGGUUAAAGAAGAGGUCUUAUCUGAUAAUGAAGAGGCCAAUUUAAAUUCAAAUCCUAAUACUAACCAAACCACACUAGUAACUAAAAUUAAUUUAAGUGGUGGCAGUAGCAAUCUUGAAAAACAAACUGCAACGGCUAGUACGAGUGAAAUACGUGUUGUAGGAGAUACAACGAUACAAAAAUUGUCAAAAAAUCAAUACUAUGCUUAUAGCACUAAUUCCGGUGCUGCUAAUAACAGUGGCAGCAUUAGUACAAACAACAAUACUAAACGUUCCACUUUAAAAGGUGUUCCAUAUGGUCCUCUACCAGCUUCAGCAUUUCCAAAAUCCCUAAUAUCAAAACCAUUCAUUCAAUCAGAUAUUUCCUUACAGCCAAGAGCAAAGAAAUCUUUUGCACAACAUUCUCCCCCCAUAGAGAAACUUCGACCCAGCACUAUUCAAAAUGCAGCCCCACAAAUGCCCACACAAUCCCUCGCACAACAUUUGGAUCAAAAGAGAACAAUGUCGAAAAAUACCAUGGUAACCAUACCGGUAGAUGUGGCCACAAAUCGUGCCUCCACAUCUGCUGGCACCAUAAUCAUUGGUAGCAUACCUGUACCCCCCUUAACAGCAGUGUCCAAGACGGUGCAAUCUGCGGUGGCGCAAACCUCCACGGCACGCAGUUCUCCUGCCACUAUAACUGUUUCGGGAACAUCAGGCAGCCUAACAACACCCUCCAUAAUGGCACAGGCUAAAACAUCUAUAACAACAGUAUCAACCACAUCAUCUACCACAAUCAGAAAUUCUCCUAUAACCGUUACAUCCGCAUCUCUAUUGGCACCGCUAACCUCAAUAGCAUCAUUAUCCUCCACACCGGUAUCAUCCACACAGAAUCCUUUAACUAUGACCACACCACCUCCACUGGCAGGUUUAUCCAACAGCAGUUUGAAUGCUACACCACAAACAAAUGGUGUUAAUGAUGCAAAUAAUACAGCAACGAUUUCCACUUCACCAGCAACUCAACAGCCCUCUGCGGAUACACAUCUUUUAGGUGGUCUUGUCACGCCCACGUUAGCCUCAGCCAUUACUGAUGUUAUCUGUAGGGGUCCACCGAAAUUAGCCGCACGCCCCACUGGUCCCUUUCAGUCAGAAGGUUAUCCUAUGUUUCCAUCGCAGGCUGGACCUGUGUGCAAACGUUUGGUAGAAAAUGUCCAUAAGCUAACGGAUUUCUUUAUUUCGGUUGUGGAAGAUACUAUGGGCGAAAUGGCCCAAGGUGAGGAACCAGGUCUUCAAGCAAAAAUUACUCUGCUCACAAUGGAAUUGGAACGUAGUAAACAAGCGUAUGAACAGGAGAUUGCCGAACUGAAACGUACCUCGGAUCUCAUGUUGUGCGAAAUGCGUAAAAGUAUGGAGAACGAGAAGACCCGUUUAGCCAUUGAAAUACGCAAACAAUGUGAAAUGGAACGUUUACGUUCGGUUGAGGAGACAAAACGUAAACAAUGGUGUGCAAAUUGUUUUAGGGAAGCAAAUUUCUACUGUUGUUGGAACACCUCGUACUGUGAUUAUCCUUGCCAGCAGUUGCAUUGGUCCCGGCAUUCAAACACUUGUGCACAAACACGAGUCGGUCUAAAUGAAAGUACAGGCGCCCCAACAACUAACACAUCAACAGAGCGUCAUCAUAACACUAAAUCGAAUAGCACCAUCACAUUGAGUUCAUCGGCUAAUUUUAAUAAAUCAUCGCCUGUUAGUCAAAAGAAAGAGAAGGGUGCCGCAAAGAAUUCGUCAAAUCACAUGAUGUCAUCAACAAUAUCAACCGUUACACCAGCCUCAGCGUCACGUACGAAUACCGAAGUAUUAAAACUACCAACGAAUACAUAUUUGAGACCGGUAACCAGCAACCUAAAUAAUCAAACAUUGCGUUGCAACACAACAUACAGUAUACCCGUACAACGUUUUAAUGCACCGACCACCAAUAGUCCACAAACAUAUACGAUUGUGCAACAAGGCAAUAAUAGUUGGGUGAUGAGCAGUACUCACAAUAGCAACAACAACAGCGGCAGUAGUAGUGGCAAUAGUUCUGCAACAAAUUCAUCAACAAUAGCAGCACCCAUUGCUAGUGUACCGCAAGUGCCGGGACAGGCACGUUCCACUGGCACCAGCAUGGGUUCAAUUUUAACAAAUAAAUCACAAAAACCACAAAUACGUUAUCAUUAAAACUACAUCUUACAUCUUCUGUAAUAUAAUUGCCAACACACACCUUACAUUCAUACAUCUAACGUCCAUAUAACAGCAACUAAAUAUUGCCUAAAUUAUUGCAGAAUAAAUAUAUGAGAAACUUAAAACAAAUUGUGAUAUAAAUUCGAUUGAUGGCUGAGUGCAUUCAAUUUCAAAGUGUUGACUUCACUGUAAAUGAUUCAUUAGAUACUACUUAUAUUAUUAUAUUAAAUACAAAAUAUUAUUAUGUAUGUUAAUACAAAUAUUAAACACAACAUGAUUUAGAAUAUAAUCUUAAAGAGAAAAAAAAACAUGCAACGAUAUUUCAUUGAAAAUACACUGCAUUUUUUUGUACAUAUAUAAUUUAUAAUAUUUAAUUAAGUAAUUAGUUUCAUAAUUUUAUUGUUAUUAUUUAAUAAUUAACUACUACUAUUUUUUUUAUUUAAAUUAACGUUCGAAAGGAAAAAAACAACACAACAGCUUCUUUUUAUAAAACAAAAGGAUUUAAAAGGACAAAGUAGGACCUUUGAAUCACAUAAACCCAACUGGUUCACCAGCAAGACGUGUAAAAGUUUUGAGAGCAAAAAUUAACACCAAAUCUACGGCGACGGCAUUUUGUAGUUUUCUUUUUUUCUCUUAUACUUGUUAUUGUGAAUUUACACAUAUGAUUAAUGUUAUUAUGAAUUUAGUCAUAUGUUCUUUGUUUAGAAUUUUUUUUUUAUAAAGUGUGGCAAUAUUAUUGACAGCAUGAAAUACAUUUUAGUUUACUUCACAGCCGUUAUUUCAGAUUUGUAUGAAAUUGUCUUGAACAAAUUAAACUUUCACACUUAUGCAUCUAGAAAAUGUGUAAAUUGUUUUAUAAAGACUCAAACACAUUUUUGUUUCUGUUUUGUUUUAUAAAAAACAAGUUGUUUUUAUUCAUAAAGUUGAAAAUCAUAAACGUUCCAUUAUCUAUUUAUAACGUUGUACAUAUUAUAAAUAUACAUACAUGUAUUCUUUUUUUAAUUUCUUGUUCAAAAAUUUAAAUUCACCUGUACUCAUCUAUUAAUAUCUAAUGUAUUUUAUUUAAGCUAGAACUGUUAUAUAUAAGCUUUUAUUAAAAAAUAAUUAAAUUAAACAUAAAAUUCAAAAAGGAAAAUAAUCUACAGUACCUUAACAUCAAGGUAUUGUUAUCAGCAGCAAGAAUAAAUGAAAUGAAUUCAAAAUAUUUAUAUAAAAAAA